UUUUAUUGAACACUUUCAAUUUUGUUACAGCAACACUUGAUGGAGCACUGGGUUAUUUGUUACCAGUCCCAGAGAAGUCUUACCGAAGGCUACUCAUGUUGCAAAAUGUACUUGUCAACCAAGUACAACACACAGCUGGCCUAAAUCCAAAAGCCUACAGGCAAUACAAGAGUUGGAGCAAACUGCAAGGUAACCCAGCAAGAGGGGUGAUAGAUGGCGAGUUAGUGUGGACUUACCUCAGUCUGCCAGUCCUGGAACGUGCGGAGAUAGCCAAGAAGAUCGGAACCAAAGUGGACGAGAUCAUUGAUGACCUCGGUGAAAUUGAGAAAGUGACUGCGCACUUCUAAGCAUGUUAGGUUUCUUGACAAGAACUAAAUACCAAUCGGAUGGUAUUACUGCCUUGUAAAAUACUUGAUCUCAUUAUGUAUAAUUGAUAUUUUACAUAAAAGUGAGUUUAUGUUUCACCAACAACUACUUCCAUGUACAGCUUCGAAUUGUUACUUCUGAGAAGUGUAUAUAUAGAUAGCAGUAACACAUCUUUCCCUUGUAAUUUGUUGUAGAGUUGUUGAAAAACUGAAAUAUAGCUUGUAAGUUUUUUAUUGUAA